CGAGUGUAAAGACACUCAAGGACAUUUAGAGCAACAGUUUAGCUGACUUGAAUAAAAAGAAAAUCUACAAUGGCCAAUCGCAACGGUUACAUUGUUGAUGUGGAUCUGAGAAGUAAUGAAAACAACUUGGCUCACCGCACCCGGGAGAUCGACAGGCAGCGCCUGAUUGUCCGCAGGGGUCAGCCUUUCUCCAUCACUCUGCAGUGCUCCGAGUCUCUGCCCCGCCAACACCACGUGGAACUGGUCCUGCACCUCGGUAAGAGAGACGAGGUGGUGAUCAAGACUCAGAGGGAGCAUGGGGCUGGAGACAAGUGGUGGUUUAGUCAGCAGGGAGCACAGGAUGAAAUGCUGCUGACUGUGCACAGUCCAGCGGACGCUAUCAUCGGCCACUACCGCCUGGCUGUGCUGCUGGUGUCAUCUGACGGACGAAUUUUAGAGAAAAACGACAAGUUUAGUUUCCACCUGCUCUACAACCCAUGGUGCAAAGAUGAUGUGGUGUACCUCCCCGAUGAGAGUUUGCUGCGGGAGUACAUAUUAAAUGAAGACGGAGUCAUUUUCAUGGGGUCCUCAGAUAGUAUCAAAAGAGUUCCCUGGAGUUAUGGACAGUUUGAGGACUAUGUGAUGGACAUCUGUCUUCAAGUCCUGGACAACUCCAAUGAUGCCCUGAGAAACUCAAAAAUGGACCUGGAGCGCAGAGCUGACCCUGUCUAUGUCAGCCGGAUAAUCAGUGCAAUGGUUAACUCUGCAGGGGACAGGGGUGUGUUGACCGGUAAGUGGUAUGAGCCGUACUCUGACGGCGUCCCACCGUACAGAUGGACUGGCAGCGUGCCGAUCCUCCAACAGUGGAGCAAGAACGGGGCGAGGGCGGUCAAAUAUGGCCAGUGCUGGGUGUUUGCUGCCGUCGCCUGCACAGUGCUGCGCUGUCUGGGAAUCCCGACACGCCUCAUCACCAACUUCUCUUCAGCCCACGACGUGGAUGGAGACCUCAACAUAGACACUCUGCUGAACGAAAGCCUGCGCUUACUGAAAGACCAGAGAGAGAGUAGCUGGAACUUCCACUGUUGGGUCGAGUCCUGGAUGAGGAGAGAUGAUCUCCCCAAAGGAAAUGACGGCUGGCAGGUUUUGGACCCCACCCCUCAAGAGCUGAGUGAAGGUGUGUACUGCUGCGGUCCGUGCCCAGUGAUGGCCAUCAAGGAGGGACAUCUGGGGGUGAAGUAUGACGCUCGGUUUAUAUUCGCGGAGGUAAACGCUGACGUCACUUACUGGGUUGUCAAAGGAGAUGGCAGACAUCAGAAGCUCAAAGUGGACCAUGCAGAUGUGGGGAGGAACAUCAGCACCAAGAGUGUUUAUGGCGACAACAGAGAGGAUCUCACUCUGCAGUACAAAUAUCCUGAAGGCUCCAAGAAGGAGAGAGAGGUGUAUGAGAAGGCUGGACGCCGAGUCCCAGAGCCAGCCAAUAUGAUUGCAACACCAGAAAAACUGAAAAUGUCAAUCAAGCAUGCCAACCCUGUGUUUGGGACGGACUUUGAUGUGAUUGUUGAGGUGAAGAAUGACGGAGACAGAGACGCUCAUGCUCGGCUGACCAUGCUGGUCACGACUGUAACUUACAAUUCUCUCCACCGAGGGGAGUGUCACCGACAAACAGAGGAUGUGACUGUGCCCGCCCACAACGUCCACAAGGAAGUGCUGCGUCUGCGAUAUGAAGACUAUGUCAAGUGUGUCUCUGCACAUCAGAUGUUCAAAGUGAGUGCCCUCUUGGAGGCAGGGGAGCGCGAACCCCUCAUGACCAUGGCCACCAUCCCACUGAGCAUGCCUGAGCUCCUUGUCCAGGUGCCUGGAAAGGCUGUUGUGUGGGAACCAGUGACAGCCUUAAUCUCCUUCACCAAUCCUCUCCCAGUUCGUCUGAGGGGUGGCAUGUUCACUGUGGAAGGGGCCGGCCUUCUGACUGCUACUGAGAUCCGUGUUAAUGGUGAUAUAUCUCCUGGCCAGAAGGUGUCUGUCAAGCUCUCGUUCACACCCACGCGCACCGGGGUCAGGAAGCUCCUGGUGGACUUUGACUCCGACAGACUGAAGGACAUGAAGGGAGACGCCACUGUGGUUGUCCGCAAGAAAGCCGCCCCAGGGGAUACCCCCUUCCCUGCACAUAUUCGCCACCCUGAACUUCCUUUACCUUGUUCAAACCCUGUUUGAAUGUAAAAGCAUUUCCAGUAUUAUAACACUGCACUGCGCACAAUGUGCACAUGUAUUCUAUUUAAAUGAUGUCUGUAACUGUGACCAUAUCCCAGAAAGAAGCACCAGACACAGUGUUCAUUUAGGUACCUUAAAGCCACUAUGUGUCAGAUUGUUAACAUCUCUGACCGCAUUAAUACCUCCCAGCAAACAAUUUUUGGUUCUAACAAUGUUCUGAGAAUGGUAAAAUGCAACCAGUGCAAUGUUUUAGUAAUGUUUUCAGCG